AUGGAUGGCGGCGUAUUGUUUGUAAACAAAAGUGACGGACGACCGACUGGCGAUGCAUUUGUUAUGUUCGAAGACGAGGAGACCGGUCAGAAGGCGCUCACAAAGCACAAGCAUAUCAUUGGUACUCGGUACAUCGAGCUUUUCAGGUUUCUGCACCUCUCUUAUCGUAUCCUCGGUUCAAAAAAAACUGGCCAUUACAAAAAAGUGGAAAAAUUAAUAUGUUUCCGAAUAAAAUAG